GGCAGACAGACGACUUUGGGACCGCUCUAUUCUAACCUACGACUGUCAUCGAUAAAAGUGUCAGCCAAAUCUGACCUCAUAGGAUUGUCAAAGAGAGCAAAGUCCGUUCAUCAUGUCCCUCAAAGUCCCAAAAGCUGGAGGCCCUGACCUCUUCAAAUCUGGUUACAAGUACAUGUCUGGACUUGAAGAGGCUGUCCUACGGAAUAUCGCUGCUGUCGGAGAGUUGACAGAGAUUGUCCGGACUUCUUUUGGACCCAAUGGACGGAAUAAACUCAUCAUUAACCACCUGGGAAAAAUGUUUGUGACUAGCGAUGCGGCGACGAUCAUCCGCGAGAUCGAAGUUGCUCAUCCUGCCGCGAAACUCAUCACCAUGGCCUCAUCUGCACAAGAGACUGAGAUGGGGGAUGCUACAAACUUGGUGGUGAUCUUUGCUGGAGAAUUAUUGAAGAGAUCUGAACAUCUGUUGACGAUGGGAUUACAUCCAAGUGAUGUCAUACAAGGCUAUGAGAUGGCGUUGGAGAAAGGGAGGAAGGAACUGGAAACCCUUGUCUCGAAAAGCCUGGAAAGUACGGUCAUACCUUCCCAAGAAGAACUCGCCAAAGCUGUUGCCCCUUCUUUAGCAUCCAAACAACCUGGAUCCGAAGACUUCCUUGCAUCUCUUGUCGCCGAAGCUUCUCUAGCAGUCAUGCCAAAGAUUGCGAAAGACUUCAAUGUCGACUCCGUUCGGGUGGUCAAGGUUCUUGGUGGUGGAUUAGAUGCCAGUAGAGUUGUUCGUGGGAUGGUAUUUGGACGAGAGCCAGAAGGCGUGGUGAAAAAAGCCACAAAAGCAAAGGUGGCAGUGUACACUUGCGGUCUGGACAUUUCUCAGACUGAGACUAAGGGCACUGUCCUAUUGAAGAAGGCGGAUGAAUUACUCAACUUCACCCGCGGGGAGGAAAAGCAACUUGAGGGUUACUUCAAGGAAAUCGCCGACUCUGGUGUCAAGCUUAUCAUUGCCGGGUCUGGUAUCGGUGACCUCGCCUUACAUUAUCUCAACCGUCUCAACAUUGGGGUCAUCAAAGUACUCUCAAAGUUCGAUCUCCGUCGUCUGUGCCGAGUGGUCGGCGCAACUCCCCUAGCCAGACUCGGUGCUCCAACACCGGAAGAAGCCGGAAUGGUAGACGUUUUCGAAACUGUCGAGAUCGGUGGUGACAGGGUCACCGUGCUGCGACAAGAAGAAGGCGAACGAACUCGGACGUCCACUAUUGUCCUUCGUGGUGCCACUGCCAAUUAUCUCGAUGACCUCGAACGAUCUCUCGACGAUGGUAUCAAUACUGUCCGUAUCUUACUACGAGACGGACGUCUCAUACCCGGUGCUGGUGCGUCCGAGAUCGAACUCGCUCGUCGUGUGGCGGCGUAUGGUGGGAAAACUGCUGGACUAGCUCAACACUCGAUACGUCGCUGGGCAGAAGCAUGUGAAGUCGUUCCUCGGACGUUGGCAGAGAAUGCAGGGUUGAACGCUGAAGAUGUCGUAUCUUCUUUAUACAAAGCCCAUGCGGAUGGAGAACUAGAAUCUGGCGUGGAUAUCGAGUCGGACGGAGAUGGAGUGUUUAAUGCUGUGGUAGGUGGUGUGCUGGACAGUUUUGCGGCCAAAGACUGGGCUUUGAAACUCGCUACGGAAGCUGCUAUCUCGGUGUUGAGAGUCGAUAGCAUCAUCGUGAGCAAACAAGCUGGUAUAGCUCCGCCGAAGCAGCAAGGAAAUUGGGACGAGGACUAGUGGUGAGGAGUGGAGCAUGGAUGAAGAGGUGGGGAAAAUGAAUGCAGGAAUCAUCUGUCAUGCAUCACAUUGUGCAU